AUGAGUAAUAAUAUUAAUAUUAAGAAAGAAUUAGAAAGACCCCUAGGACCAGAAUACAUCUCGUUUAGGAACACGGGAUAUUCUGAAGAACCAUACAUUGAAGGAUGGACAGCAAUACAAAUGGCAAAUAGAAUAUUCGGAUACGAUGGUUGGUCAUCACAUAUAAUAGAUGUCAAUACGGUUAGCACAGAAGAUACACACGAUGGAAGAUCGACAGUCGCUGCUAAAGCACACGUACGAAUUACACUCGUCAGUGGAAUAUUCAGGGAAGACAUCGGAUUCGGAGUGGCUGAGAGAGUGAACGGGAAGGGAAAGGCAAUAAAACAGGCAUAUAAAUCGGCAGUGACUGACGCAAUCAAAAGGACCCUGAAACAGUUCGGGAAAGCACUCGGUUCCUGUUGUAAUGAUAAGAAUUACAUACGGCACAUUAAACAAGUAAAGAAGAAGAACUGUCCCAUAAAUGAAUCGGACUUAAUCAGGCCUGGGUCGCACCCAUUCACUGUACAGGGCACUAUAAAUAUACCGAGUAAUAUAGCAGACGUAACGGAAAAGGGCGUAAAAAUGCAUGAAGAUAAAUUGGAUCAGGUCGGAAUUAUUGAAAAUAAACGGAAUUCAAUAGGUUCUAAGAAACCUCUUCCAUCUAUAGAAGACUUAUUAUCCUCUGAGUAA